AUGGUUAAAGUUGAAGAGAUAACUGAAGACUAUGACGACGAUCAUCACUCUGAGGAUUCAAAUUUUACAACCGAUGACUCAGACUCUGAAGACGAUUUUGAGGAGGAAACAUGGAUUGAAAGAAUUCGUGCGUUACGUGAUAUUAUACCGACCGAUACACGCGAUUCAAUAUCAUAUAAAAUAUCAUCUAUGAUGAGUUUUGGCGUGAGAGGUGCUCGUUUCUUAGGAAAUGGAGCUUGGGUAUUGACCACCUCAGCUUUACUCGUAGUUUUUCCGUUGUUAGUUGAGAUAGGUAGAGAAAGUGCGAUCAAUCAAAUGGAAAGUGAUCCGUAUGGACAACCCGGACAACCUUUACCACCAGGACAACAUCUACCAUCAG